UAUUUUGAACAUAUAAUGUGAACAAGUUGUGCGCCUGAAUGAAUGACAAUUGCAUCGCAAUUUUGGUGUUAUUUUAGAAACACGCGAAUGCCUAACAUAUAAUUAUCGCAAUAUACUACUGCUUCUAACUAGUCGACAGUGGAGGGGGAAAGUAUCGCUAAAAGAGCUAUCGUAAACGCGGCGUCUUCUCCUCGAAUAGUAUAGUGCGUCCAGUCGCCAGUGAAGAGCUGAAUUCGUCGACGAGCGAGUUGUUUACAAAUUGAGGAAUUCGGGCUACAGUGUUAGGUUAUGGGUACUUAAGAAGUGUUUAACCUCGAAUAUUUCCACAGUACAAAUCGUGAAAAUUCACAGUAUAUUUACACGUUAUAAUCAAGAGAGCAAUGGAAAACGGCAGUGACGUAAUUAGUAUUAAAGAAGAGUCGAGCGAUACUUUGACGACUGCAGGCGACGAUUAUGUUUUCGAUUCGGUGGAAUUUUGCAAAGCCGAAAACGUUGAAACUUUCACACAUAAUUUAUCAAAAAAUUUCAUGGAGUUGGAGCGCAAGAAGGUUAGAGAUGCUAAAACUGAAGUAACAUCUCUAUCUGCGACCCAUUGUAAAUCUGAGCAGCAAAGUAAUCCACCGAUUGUGAAAAUAGAAAACGAAAAUCCGACCAAUGACAUAAAUGAAAAUAUAUUCAUUGAUUUUGAGUGCAAGUAUGAGAUCCCUGAACUGAAAUCUCUAUCAAAAACUACGUGCAAAUCUGAGUGUGAAAGUUGUCCACCUGCAGUGAAAACAGAAAACCAAAUUGAGACUAACUAUUCGAAUGAAAAAAGUUUAAUAAUUUUGAUAAAAAAAGAAUUUGAUUAUGAUAAUAAUGGUCCAUUUUCGGACAAAUUACAAUUGAAACUUGACAAAUUAGAGGCAAUACAAGUUUUCGAAAAAAGGACUCCAACCAAAUUAUACAAAAAGAAUGAUUUUUGUAAAAAAACGUAUGGAGGAAAGGUGAGUCUGAAAAGACAUGCUAAUACGACACACAGGAGAAGUAGACGAUAUGAAUGUAUAAUUUGUCACAAAUUAUUUGUUUACCUGAAAAGCUUCAAAGCUCACAUGAAUGAAGUACAUGAUCGGAGCAAACCCUUUGAAUGUGACAUUUGUCACAAAUCCUUUGGAGAAAAAAGUACCCUCGCAGUUCACAUAAAUGUUGUUCAUGAACGUAAAAAACCUUUUAAAUGUGACAUUUGUCACAAAUCCUUUGGAGAAAAAGGUAACCUCAAAUCUCACAUAAUUGGAGUGCAUGAUCGAAGCAAACCUUUCGAAUGUGACAUUUGUCAGAAAUCAUUUGGACACCACUAUAAACUCAAAAGGCACAUAAAUACAGAACAUGACUGUAGCAAACUCUUCGAAUGUGAGAUGUGUCAUAAAUCGUUUACAUACAAAUGUUACCUCAAAAUGCACAUAAAUGCAGUACAUGAUUGCAUCAAACCCUUCGAGUGUGAAAUAUGUCAAAGAUCAUUUUCACAUAAGAGUAAUCUAAAUAACCACAUAAGAUUAGUCCAUGAUCAGAGCAGACCCUUCGAAUGUGAUAUUUGUCACAAUGCAUUUGGACAAAAACAUCACUUGAAAGAUCACAUCAUUACAGUACAUCAUCGGAGCAAACCCUAUGAAUGUGAGAUCUGUCAAAAGUCAUAUGGACGUAUGUAUUCCCUCAAAACUCACAUGAAUACUGUACAUGCUCGGAGCAAAUCUUUCGAUUGUGUGCUGUGUCACAAAUCUUUUCGACAUCAGAAUUAUCUUAAGAGGCACUUAAAUGGAGUACAUAAUCGAAGCAAUCCUUAG